AGCGAGAGCCAGCGAAGCAUUUGCAUAGGAAAAUGGUAGGAGUGAGAAAGGAAGGUUCCAAGCCUCAAAUCGCAGAUUUCAUCUCCUUCUGCUUCAUCUCUUACUCUCAUCACAUCACUCGAAUCUAACCGCACAGACUGAUACAUUCAUAGAUCAAAAUCAAAGGUAAGAAAACUUCGCAGCAGGGUUGAAUCCAAUACUGAUUAUGACGGGGAAGCAACAAUCCUCGUUCUUCUCUCUGCGAGGUUCUCUCCUGUUCCUCGCAAUCCUCACCCUUCUCUCCUUCACCUACCUCGCUCUCAGAUACUCCACCCCGCCACCCCAGGUUUCCAAGUUCUCCGUCACGAAGCUCAACGACGCGCGGGGAACCGGGAAAGAAGAGGAGUGUGGAGGAGGAGGAGGAGGAGGAGAAGAAGAAGAAGAACUGUAUUCGGACACGUUUCACUCUCCGCGUGUGUUCAAGCUGAACUACGAGGAGAUGGAGAAGAAGUUCAAGGUGUAUAUAUACCCUGAUGGGGAUCCCAACACGUUCUACCAGACGCCGAGGAAGCUCACUGGGAAGUACGCCAGCGAGGGCUAUUUCUUCCAGAACAUCAGAGAGAGUCACUUCCGCACCGAAAACCCCGAUGAGGCGCACCUCUUCUUCAUCCCCAUCUCGUGUCACAAGAUGCGCGGCAAGGGCACGUCUUAUGAGAACAUGACGAUCAUAGUACAAAAUUAUGUGGAGGGCUUGAUAUCCAAAUAUCCUUAUUGGAACAGAACCUUGGGUGCUGAUCACUUCUUUGUCACUUGUCAUGAUGUUGGUGUGAGGGCAACGGAAGGUCUUGAGUUGCUUGUGAAAAAUUCCAUUCGAGCAGUCUGUUCCCCCAGCUAUGAUGUUGGAUUUAUUCCUCACAAAGAUGUUGCUCUGCCUCAAGUGCUACAGCCUUUUGCUCUUCCUUCUGGGGGGAAUGAUGUAGAAAACAGGACUCAACUUGGAUUUUGGGCUGGUCAUCGUAACUCUAAAAUUAGAGUUAUUCUUGCACGUGUGUGGGAAAAUGACACAGAACUUGAUAUUUCAAACAACAGAAUUAGUAGGGCUACUGGGCAUCUAGUGUACCAGAAGAGAUUUUACAGGAGUAAAUUUUGUAUAUGUCCUGGUGGAUCCCAGGUCAAUAGUGCUCGAAUAGCAGACUCUAUCCAUUAUGGGUGCAUCCCUGUGAUAUUGUCAAAUUACUAUGACCUUCCUUUUAAUGAUAUUCUUGACUGGAAUAAAUUUGCUGUGGUACUCAAAGAGAAAGAUGUAUACCAGCUUAAACAAAUCCUCAAAAAUAUAUCAGAUGCCGAGUUUGUUACACUUCAUUAUAAUUUGGUAAAGGUUCAGAAACAUUUCCAAUGGAAUUCACCCCCAAUCACAUUUGAUGCUUUCCAUAUGGUUAUGUAUGACCUCUGGUUACGCCAUCACACGAUCAAAUACUGAUAUUUAGACUCACUCUAAAACACUCUUGUUUUGUAUACAACUUACAGUUUUAGCAACCGAGAGAGCACUGUAAAUAGCCAAUUACAGUUUUGUAUACAGCAGCUGGCUUAUUCUAUAUUCUUGCACCCACAACAUUUCGGUUAAUUUGUUAUUUGUUUGCGGUAAGGCUUUGUUGGGUUGAAACUAAUACAUAGCCAAGCCACUAAGGCUGGUGCAAUUGUUCAAGUUGUUCAAAAUCCUAA